AUGGAUAUUUCUAAACCGGUUGGUUCUGAAAUCACAUCCGUUGAUUUCGGGAUCCUAACAGCUAAAGAGAUUAGAAAUCUAUCAGCAAAGCAAAUUACCAAUCCUACGGUUUUAGAUAACUUAGGUCAUCCAGUAUCAGGCGGUUUAUAUGACUUAGCCUUAGGUGCAUUCUUAAGGAAUCUGUGUUCUACUUGUGGUUUGGAUGAAAAAUUCUGUCCAGGUCACCAAGGUCACAUUGAAUUACCUGUCCCUUGUUAUAAUCCAUUGUUCUUUAACCAGCUAUAUAUUUAUUUGAGGGCAUCAUGUUUAUUCUGUCAUCAUUUCCGUUUAAAGUCAGUAGAGGUUCAUCGUUACGCAUGUAAAUUGAGAUUGUUACAAUACGGUUUGAUAGACGAAUCUUACAAACUAGAUGAAAUAACUUUGGGCUCUCUUAAUAGCAGUAUGUACACUGACGACGAAGCUAUUGAAGAUAAUGAGGAUGAAAUGGAUGGUGAAGGAAGCAAGCAAUCAAAGGAUAUUUCCUCCACUCUCUUAAAUGAACUGAAAAGUAAGCGUUCAGAAUAUGUUGACAUGGCCAUCGCUAAAGCUUUGUCAGACGGCAGAACUACUGAGAGAGGCUCUUUCACAGCUACUGUAAAUGAUGAACGAAAGAAAUUGGUCCAUGAGUUUCACAAAAAACUAUUAUCUAGAGGUAAGUGUGAUAACUGUGGUAUGUUUUCGCCAAAAUUUAGAAAGGAUGGUUUUACAAAAAUCUUCGAAACUGCGUUGAAUGAAAAACAAAUUACAAAUAACAGAGUAAAAGGUUUCAUUCGUCAAGAUAUGAUUAAGAAGCAAAAACAGGCUAAGAAAUUGGACGGUUCUAACGAAGCAUCUGCAAAUGACGAAGAAAGUUUUGACGUUGGUAGAAAUCCUACCACCAGACCAAAAACCGGCUCAACAUAUAUUUUAUCUACUGAAGUGAAGAAUAUUCUGGACACUGUUUUCAGGAAGGAGCAAUGUGUUUUACAAUAUGUUUUUCAUUCGAGACCCAAUUUAUCAAGAAAAUUGGUCAAGGCUGACUCUUUUUUUAUGGAUGUUCUUGUUGUGCCACCAACUAGAUUCCGUUUGCCUUCCAAGCUUGGUGAAGAAGUUCAUGAAAACUCUCAAAACCAAUUGUUGUCCAAGGUUCUUACUACGUCAUUAUUAAUUAGGGACUUAAAUGAUGAUUUAUCUAAGCUACAAAAGGACAAAGUUUCUUUGGAAGAUAGAAGGGUGAUCUUCAGUAGGUUAAUGAAUGCCUUUGUUACUAUUCAAAAUGACGUCAAUGCUUUUAUCGACUCUACCAAAGCACAAGGUAGAACCAGUGGUAAGGUUCCAAUUCCUGGUGUUAAACAAGCACUGGAAAAGAAAGAAGGUUUAUUCAGAAAACAUAUGAUGGGUAAGCGUGUUAACUAUGCCGCUCGUUCUGUUAUUUCUCCAGACCCAAAUAUCGAAACUAAUGAAAUUGGUGUCCCACCUGUUUUUGCUGUUAAAUUGACUUAUCCAGAACCAGUAACGGCUUAUAACAUAGCAGAGUUGCGUCAAGCUGUUAUUAAUGGCCCUGAUAAAUGGCCAGGUGCCACUCAAAUACAGAACGAAGAUGGUUCUUUGGUCUCUUUGAUCGGUAUGUCUGUAGAGCAACGUAAGGCAUUAGCUAACCAACUAUUGACACCAUCUUCAAACGUUUCUACUCAUACUUUGAAUAAAAAGGUUUACCGUCACAUCAAGAACAGAGAUGUUGUUUUAAUGAACCGUCAACCGACCUUACAUAAAGCCUCCAUGAUGGGUCACAAAGUUAGGGUGUUACCAAACGAAAAGACUUUGAGAUUACAUUAUGCUAAUACAGGUGCUUAUAAUGCAGAUUUCGAUGGUGAUGAAAUGAACAUGCAUUUUCCACAAAACGAAAAUGCUAGAGCAGAAGCACUAAACUUAGCUAAUACUGAUUCUCAAUACUUGACACCAACUUCUGGUUCUCCAGUUAGAGGUUUGAUUCAAGAUCAUAUUUCUGCGGGUGUUUGGCUAACAAGUAAGGACAGUUUUUUCACCAGAGAACAAUACCAGCAAUAUAUUUACGGUUGCAUCCGUCCUGAGGAUGGUCAUACCACAAGAUCGAAGAUCGUUACCUUACCUCCAACUAUCUUCAAGCCAUAUCCAUUAUGGACAGGUAAACAAAUCAUCACAACAGUUUUGUUGAAUGUCACCCCUCCAGAUAUGCCUGGUAUCAAUUUAAUUUCUAAAAAUAAGAUUAAAAACGAAUAUUGGGGCAAGGGAUCUCUGGAAAACGAAGUUCUCUUCAAAGACGGCGCAUUGCUAUGUGGUAUUUUAGAUAAGUCACAAUACGGUGCCUCUAAGUAUGGUAUUGUUCAUUCAUUGCAUGAAGUUUAUGGCCCAGAAGUCGCUGCUAAAGUCUUAUCCGUCUUAGGUAGACUAUUUACCAACUAUAUCACUGCCACGGCAUUCACUUGUGGUAUGGACGAUUUACGUCUAACAGCAGAAGGUAAUAAAUGGAGGACUGACAUCUUGAAGACGUCUGUUGAUACAGGUCGUGAAGCCGCUGCAGAAGUUACUAAUUUAGAUAAAGACACGCCAGCAGAUGACCCAGAGUUAUUAAAGAGGCUACAAGAAAUACUGCGUGAUAAUAAUAAGUCAGGUAUUCUUGACGCUGUUACAUCCUCCAAGGUCAAUGCUAUUACUUCUCAAGUCGUCUCCAAAUGUGUUCCAGAUGGUACUAUGAAAAAGUUUCCAUGCAAUUCUAUGCAAGCUAUGGCACUUUCUGGUGCUAAAGGUUCUAACGUUAAUGUUUCUCAAAUUAUGUGUUUGUUGGGUCAACAAGCUUUAGAAGGUAGAAGAGUGCCGGUAAUGGUUAGUGGUAAAACUCUGCCUUCUUUCAAACCUUAUGAAACAGAUGCCAUGGCUGGUGGUUAUGUUAAGGGUCGUUUCUACUCUGGUAUAAAGCCACAGGAGUAUUACUUCCAUUGUAUGGCUGGUCGUGAAGGUUUAAUUGAUACGGCCGUUAAAACAUCUAGAUCCGGUUAUUUGCAACGUUGUCUAACAAAACAAUUAGAAGGUGUUCACGUAUCAUACGAUAACAGUAUAAGAGAUGCAGAUGGUACGUUAGUGCAAUUCAUGUAUGGUGGUGAUGCCAUCGAUAUAACCAAAGAAUCACACAUGACUCAAUUCGAGUUCUGUUUAGACAAUUACUACGCAUUAUUGAAGAAAUACAACCCAUCAGCACUGAUUGAACAUUUGGAUGUUGAAUCAGCUUUGAAGUACUCUAAAAAGACUUUGAAAUACAGAAAGAAGCAUAGCAAGGAGCCUCAUUACAAACAGUCUGUAAAAUAUGAUCCUGUUUUAGCUAAGUAUAAUCCUGCCAAAUACCUGGGUUCCGUUUCUGAGAACUUCCAAGAUAAACUAGAAUCUUUCUUAGACAAGAACUCUAAAUUGUUCAAAUCAUCGGAUGGUGUUAACGAAAAGAAGUUCAGGGCCUUGAUGCAAUUGAAGUAUAUGCGUUCUCUAAUUAAUCCAGGUGAAGCUGUUGGUAUUAUUGCUUCACAAUCUGUCGGUGAACCCUCAACACAGAUGACAUUGAAUACCUUCCACUUUGCUGGUCACGGUGCCGCUAAUGUGACACUAGGUAUUCCUCGUUUAAGAGAAAUUGUUAUGACUGCCUCUGCUGCCAUUAAAACUCCGCAAAUGACUUUGCCUAUCUGGAAUGAUGUUUCUGAUGAGCAAGCUGACACUUUCUGUAAGUCUAUCUCAAAAGUCCUAUUAUCCGAAGUGAUAGAUAAAGUGAUAGUCACUGAAACUACCGGUACUUCAAAUACCGCUGGUGGAAAUGCAGCUCGUUCGUAUGUUAUCCAUAUGAGAUUCUUCGACAAUAAUGAAUACAGUGAAGAAUACGAUGUUUCUAAAGAAGAAUUACAAAACGUCAUAUCUAAUCAAUUCAUACACUUGCUAGAAGCUGCUAUUGUAAAAGAAAUCAAAAAACAAAAGAGAACUACAGGACCAGACAUUGGUGUUGCAGUACCAAGGCUACAGACAGAUGUUGCAAAUAGUUCUUCGAACUCUAAAAGGUUGGAAGAGGAUAAUGAUGAAGAACAAAGUCAUAAGAAAACUAAACAAGCGGUUUCGUAUGACGAGCCAGAUGAAGAUGAAAUUGAAACUAUGAGAGAAGCUGAAAAGUCUUCUGACGAAGAAGGUAUCGAUUCCGAUAAAGAAAGUGAUUCUGACUCUGAGGACGAAGACGUUGACAUGAAUGAACAAAUUAAUAAGAGUAUUGUGGAAGCUAACAAUAAUAUGAACAAAGUGCAGCGUGAUCGUCAAUCAGCGAUUAUUUCUCAUCAUAGAUUCAUCACCAAAUACAAUUUCGAUGAUGAAUCUGGUAAAUGGUGUGAAUUUAAGCUAGAAUUAGCAGCAGACACAGAAAAGUUGUUGAUGGUUAAUAUUGUUGAAGAAAUCUGUAGGAAGUCUAUCAUUAGACAGAUUCCUCAUAUUGACCGUUGUGUUCAUCCAGAACCUGAAAACGGAAAACGUGUCCUUGUCACAGAAGGUGUUAAUUUCCAAGCUAUGUGGGAUCAAGAGGCAUUUAUCGACGUUGAUGGUAUUACAUCUAAUGAUGUUGCUGCUGUGUUGAAAACGUACGGUGUAGAAGCUGCUAGAAAUACUAUUGUGAAUGAAAUUAAUAACGUCUUCUCUCGUUAUGCUAUUUCUGUUUCUUUCCGUCAUUUAGACCUUAUUGCUGACAUGAUGACCAGGCAAGGUACUUACUUAGCCUUUAACAGACAGGGUAUGGAAACAUCCACUUCAUCUUUCAUGAAGAUGUCCUAUGAAACUACAUGUCAAUUCUUGACCAAGGCUGUUCUAGAUAAUGAGCGUGAACAAUUGGACAGUCCUUCCGCUAGAAUUGUGGUGGGUAAAUUGAACAAUGUUGGUACGGGUUCAUUUGAUGUGUUAGCAAAGGUUCCAAAUGCGGCUUAG